AGUUUUUUUAUUCUUGUCUUCCCGCUCCAGGUUUUGCCAGGAACCUCGGCUGGUAAACUGUUCAGAGUGACAGCCUCCAGCCAGCUAUGUUCUUCCUCCCCUGCGUUGAUCGUGCCUGAUGAAAGCUGCUAUGGCUUUUUGCAACGAAAGCCUGCUGGACGACUGUGACCUCUUGGAGCCAGAUGUGGAGGAACCAGCAGAAACUCUCCCGCYGGAAGCGUCGCCUCCUCUCAUAUCGGUCACUCUCCGGGUGACACUGGCGGCCAUUAUGAUCUUCAUGAUAACCAUCGGCUUCCUCGGCAACGCAAUCGUUUGUCUGAUCGUCUAUCAGAAGCCCGCAAUGCGCUCAGCAAUCAAUCUCCUGCUGGCCACAUUGGCCUUCUCUGACAUAAUGCUCUCGCUGCUCUGCAUGCCCUUCACCGCUGUCACCGUGGCUACCGCCGACUGGAGCUUCGGGAGCGGCUUCUGCCGGGCCUCCAUCAUGCUGUACUGGCUGUUCGUUCUGGAAGGGGUGUCCAUCCUCCUCAUCAUCAGCGUGGACCGGUUUCUCAUCAUCGUGCAACGGCAGGACAAGCUGACCCCACACAGGGCCAAAGUGCUGAUAGCAGGCUCCUGGGUGCUGAGCCUGUGCGUGUCGCUGCCGUCCGUGGUCGGGUGGAGGACAGGUGCAGCGGGRAUCGGGGGCACCUGGGCGCCGCAGUGCGUGCUGGGAUACAGCGAGUCGAUGGCAGACCGGGGGUACACGGUGCUCCUGGCUGUGGCCGUGUUCUUUGUACCAUUUGCUGUCAUGUUAUACUCGUACAUGUGCAUCCUGAACACGGUGCGCCGCAACACCCUGCGCAUCCACAACCACACCAGCGAGCGCUCCUGUCUGCCCGCCCUCAACCAGGUCAGCAAGAUGAGGCUCACCGGGCUGCAGCGGCCGCCUCACGUCAAGGUGGACAUGAGCUUCAAGACCCGAGCCUUCACCACCAUCCUCAUCCUCUUCGUGGGUUUCUCCGUGUGCUGGCUGCCCCACACCGUGGUCAGCCUGCUGGCCGUGUUCAGCCGGCAGUUCUACUACAGCCCCAUCUUCUACCCGGUGAGCAUUGGCGCGCUGUGGCUCAGCUACCUGAAGACGGUGUUCAACCCUGUCAUUUACUGCUGGAGGAUCCGCAAGUUCAGGGAGGCCUGUCAGGAGUUCAUCCCCAAAAGCUGCAGGYUGUGUCCCCGAAUGCCAGGCAGGAGCCACAGGAGAGUGAGGCCCAGCAACAUUUAUGUGUGCAGCGAGACUCAGUCUGCUGUGUGAAACAGCGACUGACCCUCCUGCUAGAUGUUUUCAUGUUUUAAAUGCUCCCCCAAAACAGGAAGUAUGGUUUAAAGCAAUAUACCACAAAGCAUAGCUUCAAUAAUGAACAUUCCAUCUAAACAUAAUCUCUUGAACUUUUUCACAUUUGUUUUGUUUGCAACCAUAAACUUCAUGUGCAACACAAAGUAGCACAUACAUCAGAGRAUGACGUUUGUUCCCAUMAUUUUAUGCUCCCAUCACAUACCUUCUCCAGGUAUGAGACUUUAAGUAAAGUCUCAUACCUGGAGAAGGUAUGUAAACAUUUAUUCUGAAGUCUCGAUACACAUUUUCAGGUUGAGAAAGAUCUACACUUUGACUGGGCCAUUCUAAGAUAUUAUCCAUCCAUCCAUCCAUCCAUCCAUCCAUCCAUCCAUCCAUCCAUCCA